CAGUGGCGGGAUGGGGCCGGUGCCUGAUGGCAGAACGGAGACUUCUUGUGCUUUUUGGCAGCCAGACUGGGACAGCUCAGGACACAGCGGAGAGGAUUGGGAGAGAAGCCAAGCGCCGGCAUUUGCGGUGCCGAGUGGAGGCCCUGGACAGCUGUGAUGUGGCCAACCUCAUCCAUGAGCCUUUGGUGGUGUUUGUGUGUGCAACGACUGGCCAGGGAGACCCACCUGACAACAUGAAGAUGUUCUGGCGGUUCCUGUUCCGGAAGAACCUCCCUGCCGGCUCUCUGUGCCAGCUGGACUACGCUGUGCUGGGCCUCGGGGACUCCUCUUACCCCAAGUUUAAUUUCGUUGCAAAGAAGCUGCACAAACGGCUGCUUCAGCUUGGGGGCAACCCGCUGCUGCCAGUGGCCUUGGGAGAUGACCAGCAUGACCUGGGGCCAGAUGCAGUGGUUGAUCCCUGGCUCAUGGCCUUAUGGGACAAGAUCCUUGCCUUGUAUCCUCUCCCUCCUGGCCUUGAGAUCAUCAGUCCCGACGUGCGCCUGCCGCCCAAAUACACCCUGCACUACUUGCCUGAGGACUGCCCACAUCCCAACAGUGACCUGCUCCAGCUGACAACCCCUCAGGCUGCUCCCUGUGAGCUCCAUCCCUUCGCUGCCCGCGUGGUGUCCAACCAGAGGGUCACGGCACAAUCCCAUUAUCAGGAUGUCCGGCUCAUCGAGUUUGACAUCGCGGGCUCAGGGAUCACGUUCAGUGCAGGGGACGUGGUGAUGAUCCAGCCCCAGAACUGCCCUGAAGAUGUGCAGCAGUUCUGCCAGCUCCUGCACCUGGAGCCACACAGACACUUUGUGCUGAAGUCCACGGAGCCUGGCACACCCCUCCCUCCUCUUCUGCCACAGCCCUGCACCAUCCAGUACCUGGUCACACACUACCUGGACAUCUCCUGUGUGCCACGGCGCUCAUUCUUUGAGCUCCUGGCCUACUUCUCUAUGAACGAGCUGGAGCGGGAGAAACUGCAGGAGUUCAGCUCAGCACAGGGCCAGGAGGAGCUGUACAGCUACUGCAACCGGCCCCGCAGGACCACGCUGGAGGCCCUGUGGGAUUUCCCUCACACCACGUGUGCCAUCCCAGCCGAUUACUUGCUGGACCUCAUCCCUCGCAUCAGACCCCGUGCCUUCUCCAUCGCCUCCUCCAUGCUGGCCCAUCCCGAGCGGAUGCAGAUCCUCGUGGCUGUGGUGCGGUACAAGACACGGCUCAGCAAACCCCGCCAUGGGCUCUGCUCCACUUGGCUGGCUUCUCUCAACCCAGAGCAGGGUGAUGUCCGGGUACCUCUUUGGGUGAAGAAAGGAGGAAUGAAGUUCCCAGCUGACCCUGCCACCCCUGUGAUCAUGAUUGGCCCUGGCACAGGGGUGGCACCUUUCCGAGCAGCGAUACAGGAGCGGGUGGCACUGGGGCAUAGAGGGAACUGCCUCUUCUUUGGCUGCCGACACAAAUCCAAAGACUUCUACUGCCAGACAGAAUGGGAAGAGCUGGUGACAAAGGGCCUCCUGACACUCUUCACGGCCUUCUCCAGGGACCAGUGCCGUGUUUCCCUGCAGGAGGAGAAGGUUUAUGUCCAGCACCGCAUCCAGGAGAAUGGGAGGCUGGUGUGGGAGCUGCUGAGCAGUGGGAAUGCUCAUGUCUACCUGGCUGGGAAUGCCAAGGAGAUGCCAGCAGCUGUGGCUAAGGCCUUGCAGUCGGUGUUGCAGCUGGAGGGUGGCCUGUCCCCCUCGGAAGCAGAGGAGCAUUUAACAGCCCUGGAACGGUCCCAGCGCUUCCAGUCUGAAACCUGGUCAUGAGCCUGGCUCCCUGCCUCUGCCUCCCCACAGACUGCCUGAAUA